AUUUAAAUAUAAAUUUAGGCGCUUUAUAAGGAAAAGGUCUGAAUUUCAAAAUGUUGACAACAUUUCUUGUAAACUAUGUUUCGAUUUUACUCGUCGUCUUGCCAUGCACAAUUUUGGGACAUAUUCGACUGACAUAUCCCGAAGCAAGAAAAUAUUCUUUGGAUUUUCUGAACAUGGUUCAAGCCCCGGCUCCUUGUGGGAUGCCAAAAGGACUCGGACCUAUAACUGAUUUAAAAACUGGGGAGACGAUAACUGUGACAUGGCAUCAACCCUUUGUGCAUGUGGGUGGAUUCAGUUUAAGUCUUCUAGAUGAAAAUGAAAAGACAAUUCAUAACUUUACAGACGGUUUUGUAAUGGAAAAUGAUCCUACAGCAUUAUGGUACAAUAUAACACUACCUGACACACCGUGCUAUAACUGUAGUAUACAAGUUCAGAGACAGGGCAAGGAGUUCCCGGGAACUGUUCCAUGUAACAACAAUAAAAUGCAGUUUUAUACAUGUGCUGAUGUGAAUAUCAAAAGCAAUGUCGAUUAUGACCGUUGCUCAUCUCACGGUACUUUUAUUGCCGGAUCUUGCCAGUGUGACAGGUUAUACACUGGUCAUAUUUGUCAAUAUAAAGAUGAGUGCAUUGAUGACGCAGACUGUAAAAAUGGCGGGAAAUGUGAGAUUGGCGUCUCGACAACCUACCCGAAAAAUCAUUGUUACUGUGCUUCCGGUUAUUUCGGGAGAACGUGUGAAAAACAAUCAUCAGUGACGUCACUUUCCAAUCUCGACAUGGAUGACUACACAAUGACGUCAGUAGCGAACUCUGAGUUUAAGAUUUACCACAGAAUACUUUUAAACUUCAAUGAGUUAGAAGUCAUGGCUAGAGUGAAGACAGUGUCCUGGGUAGGCGUCGGCUGGAAACCAACGAAUUUACUAAGUGGGUGUAAGAAUAUGCUCCCGUUGCUUCUUCCAUUCCCGGAUAAGCCAGAAGGUUCAUGUAACGAACAAUUCCCGGGCAACAGUUCUACAAGCGGUGUGCCGGUCACUGGCAUGGACUGUAUGGAUCUUGUGGUUGGUACGGCUAGGGGAAGUUAUUCACGCAUUGCCGAUUACUACACUCGCGAUCGAUCCGCGCCAAGGUUCGAUUCUUUCUAUGGCGGUGAAGACAGUCUAACAGCAGCUAUCGGAGACGAAGUGGAUGGUUACACUCGAAUUCUUUUCCGGCGCAAACUUCAAGCGUCAGACGUUGCUGACUAUGAUAUAACUAAUUCCACUAUGCACGUGAGUUGGGCACGUGGUCAGAAGGAGACUGCACGUGUGGACUAUCCGGGUACUUCGCCAUCAUUACCUUAUUACUACAACAAAGAUGACCUGAAGAAACAUGACAGAGAUGGCGCCACCUUCAUGAACAGGGGGUUCUUCAGGAUUAAUUUUUACGAUUGUGAUUCUGUAAACUGCAAAAAGUCGUCGUCUGCUGAUUCGUCAAAGUUAUCAUUGAUCAGGAACGUCUGGUGGUUCCUAGUAGUUUUGAUCCCAAUGGUUCCAUUUAUCUGGAGUAUCUAACGAUAGUGCUUGUAAAAGUGUGACGAAACUGUAUUACAGACGUUUCUAGAAUAGUUAUCUUUUUUAUUCGUCUAUAUCAAACGAUUUAUAAUAAAUAGAGGAUAUUCAAGUUUUUUCUCUUAAUACAGGAUUAACUUUCAUCGAGUGGUAUGAAAAGAAAUAGAUCAUGAAUGGCGGUAGCCACGAGUAAAAUAUGAUAAUUUUCAUACCACAAGAUGAAAUAUAUCCUGUAAAUAUAGAAAAAAAACUUUUUAUUUUGAAAGUACGAUUUGAAAGAAUUUCUGUUAAAUUUUGUGUACUGGCAGAAUUUGGAAAAAGAAGUUCGGCUAAGCACAAUGGAAAAUACGGAAAAUAUGUUUCACUGCAGUGAAAAAUAAAUGUUUACAGUGAAAAUUCGGAAAAUGAAAAUACGCAUUUUAUUUCAUCAAUAUUUCAUUUAAUAGUAUAUAAUUAAUAUUAUAUCUGAUGUAAGUAUAGCAAAUUGUUUCCAAUAUUUGAAAUAUUGUAUUUUACCAUGCUUGAAUGUAAAUAGUAUAUAUUAGAAAUAAAGAUUUUAUAU